AUUCAAUGCAGUUUCAGUCACCACACCUGCCUCUCCACUCUUCUCUUUAAUGUUCCACAUGUGCCUACCCUAAACCUGGCCUCCAUCACUGCUUGGUAAUUGGUAUGUUGUAUAUAUAUGAAAGGUUAAUACUAUAUUAAAACACAAUCACUCAGCUCCAUACUACACUCAUCAAAACCUAGCAAGAAAUUAGAUUAGAGGUGACCACACAUAAACAAAUAUGGAGAAAGGAAGUGCAGUUGAAGGUGCAAGAUCUCCCAUGCAGAUGCAGAUGAAGAUGGAAGAUGAACUAGAAGGCAACAGCAGCACCCUACGCACUGCUGAGACCCUUCUGCGCUUGCUUCCUGUUGGCCUAUGCGUUUCUGCCCUUGUUCUCAUGCUCAAGAACUCUCAGCAAAAUCAAUAUGGCUCUGUUGAUUACACCGACCUUGGAGCUUUCAGGUACUUGGUGCAUGCCAAUGGCAUUUGUGCAGGUUACUCCCUAUUUUCAGCAGUCAUUGCUGCUAUGCCUCGUCCAUCCACCAUGCCUCGUGCUUGGACUUUCUUUUUGCUCGACCAGGUGUUAACGUACAUAAUUUUAGCUGCUGGAGCUGUGUCAACCGAGGUGCUGUACCUGGCUGAGAAUGGAGACUCUGCAACAACGUGGAGUGCAGCAUGCAAGUCUUUUGGUGGAUUCUGUCACAAGGGAACAGCAUCAAUAGGCAUCACAUUUGUGGCAGUGUUUUGCUAUGUCUUGCUUUCUCUCAUUUCCUCCUACAAGCUAUUCAGCAAGUAUGAUGCACCAGCAUGCAGACCCACAGCAGCCAUUGAGGUUGCUGCUUUCCCUGGCUAGCUACCUCAUCUCACCCUUAAUUACCCUUAUAUAUGUAAUGUCAAAUAAUUAACUUCAUGCAUGCUUCAUAGUUCAUAUAUAUGUUGGAUGUGUUUGUUACAUUUAAUAAUGUACUGUUGUGUUAUAAUUAGGACUUAGGACAGACAUGCAUAAUAUUAAUGAACAUUAAGUAUGAGUUUAUAAUAUAUAAAUAUAUAUAACCCUGAC